GGGUUAAUGAUGCAUCUUUUCUCUUGCUGUUUACCUGUCACAUCUCUUAAAUUACCACCUUUCAUUGAUUAACUGUACUCGCCUCCUAUGUGUUCAUAUAGGGUCCAAUACAAGUGUCCCUGCCCUGCAACUUCUGAAUAUUAUUAUAAUACAAUGCAAAUAAAUAAUUGGAAGAUGUUGCUGGUGGAAGAACCCUCUGAAACAAAGCCUGCUUUACUCCUCAGCUCACACUCAAGUCAACUCCUUGAUAUAUGCAAGUGUCUUGGAUAGAAGUGAGAUAAAAUUCUUUCAAUCAAAAUACCUCCUCUCACAUUCUUGGAAUGAGGCUACAAAGCUCCAGCACCUGUCCAGGUGAUGAUUUAUUGCUGUAGAUGGAAGAAGGACACUGCAACUCCCUUUACAUUCUCGAAUACCCUCCACCAUUCUCAAAGACCUGAAAAAAUACUGUGCCUAGUUUUUAAAAGUGGAAUGUCACAGCUCUGUUUACAGUGCCUUGAUGCCACUUUUGUGACUGGGACCUGGAGGAGGUGGCUGAAGUUCUCAGCUACUGACUGCCUUGGUUAAUGUAGCAGGACAGAGGGGAGUGUUUACUGGCAAGACAUUGCAGAGCUGCCCGGUUCUAGCACGAGUGUAAAGUGGCUCCAGGACGGAAGAAACUCCAGACCUUGCUGCUGCCAGAAGUGAAACUACUCGCCCUGCCCAGUCGUUUCGUCCCUUCCCCGCCCUCCCACCGUGUGCCAUGCAGCGAUGCAUCCAGCCAGCAGAGGACGGGGUAGGUCCCCUCGGCUGUCAGUCAGUAGAGGCUGCCCGGCUCGGGACGAGCUGAUCGUGAAAUAAGGACUGGCCCUGUGGAGAGCAGAGCACACAGAGCUGGGGUACCCAGCCCUGGCCUCGCACCCCGCCUGGAAGCAUCGCCCGCUCGGCAUCUUCCUUCCUCCAGCCUCAGCGCCGGGUAAUCCCGCGUCAUCUCCCGCGGAGAACUGCCUACUAACUUCGGCGCCGACGCCAGGUCUGCCUGCACGCCGUGGGCAGGAUGGGGGUUGCGGCAUCCCCCCUGUGCCCCGGGGGCAGCCAGCCCCCUCCUCUGCCCCCUCCCACCGCCAAGCCCCGCGCUGGAGCCCUUUUGGCACAGCCUCUUCACCAUGUCCUGCCGGCGGCGGAGAGACCGCAACGGAGAGUCUGAUUAGGGAUCAACCUCAGCACCGCGGACAGAUCCCGGCUCUGGACGGACCUAUUCCAGUAACGCGGACAGAUUCCGGCUCCGGGAGGAUCGACCCCAGCACCACGGACAGAUCCCGUCUCGGACGGACCGAUCCCAGCACCGCGGACAGAUCCCGGCGUGGCUCCGGGCUCCGCCGGCGGGAGGAGGGACCUCGGCCCCGCUCCGUGCCUUGGAGCCCCGGGCUAUUGCGUCGUGCUGGCAGCCCGCUGCAGUAGCAGCCCGCCGCUCUGCCGAGAAAUCCCCCCGCACACGCUGCCCCCCGCCUUGCUCACGGUGCCAGAAGAGGGCUUAUAUUUGGGCUCAAUCUGUCUUCUUUGGAUCGGGAUUUACAAGCUUGGACGGUGCCUGGUUACAGUGGUGUAUGAGUCUACAGACCCCCAGGUGCGCUACAGAGUUAGAAACCCUGGAUCUGUCACGCCGUGGAGGGCUAAAAUAAACCCUAUGCAACCAGCAAACCCAACCCUACCCUUACUGCCUCCCUGCAACCAACUUUACUCACACACACCAGUGAGAAUUCUCUCCUUUCCUCAUCCCUCCACACUCCUUCCUUCUGCACGACUGUAGGAUGAGGCAUUUCCCUCUAUCUGCCUCAGGGUAGAAGCAUACCCUUGGGGAAUCAACACACAUCUGGCAGGGACUGAAAGGUUUUAAUCCAGCCUCUGCUGCAGUCAACAAUGGCAAAUGAACCAGUGAUUCUGAAUGUUUAUGACAUGUACUGGAUAAACGAAUACACCUCCACCUUGGGGAUUGGUGUCUUCCACUCUGGCAUCGAGAUCUACGGCAGAGAGUUUGCCUAUGGAGGGCAUCCCUACCCUUUCAGUGGGAUUUUCGAGAUCACACCUGGCAGUGCGGUAGAACUUGGCGAGACCUUUAAAUUCAAAGAAUCCAUUGCCUUGGGCACCACAGACUUCACAGAAGAGGAUGUGGAUAAGAUUAUGGAAGAGCUGGGCAAGGAGUACAAAGGAAAUGCGUACCACUUGAUGCACAAGAACUGUAAUCACUUUUCUGCUGCUUUGGCUGAGAUAUUAUGUGGGAGAGAGAUACCCCGCUGGGUGAACCGCCUGGCCUACUUCAGCUCAUGCAUCCCCUUCCUCCAGAGCUGCCUCCCCAAGGAAUGGCUGACCCCAGCAGCCUUGCAGAGCCACAUCAGCCUCGGCCUCCACAAGGAGGAGCAAGGGGACACAACAGAUGAGGAGUCACCCUCCACCUCCGCAGCUCCCUCAGCCUCAGGCACAUCGCGAACCUGUAGACAUACUCGGGUCUAAACUGUGCCGAGCUUGCCCCCAAAAUAACAUCCAUGCUCUCUUGUUCUAUUUAUUUCUCACACCCUUUCGCACACAUUGGUUUCUUUCUUCUUCAGUGGACAACACAGGGGAGGAAAGACUUUCUACUUCAGUCCCUUUUCCAAGGGCUGCCCCUACAGUUGCUUGGCAAAAUGACUGUGAACCCCAACACAGAACUGAGGAGUGUGGUGACUAAACUAGAUACUCCUCACAGGGCCUCCACAUGACCCUCAAUCCACAGAGAACUGCUAAGUCUCUCAGGCAUGAGAGCAUGCAUAUGGGCAGAGUGCAAAUACUGUGAUGUUCCUUCUCUGGAACUGUUUUAUCUUUUUAUCUCUUCUACUCACCCAUGUAAGCCCAGCAGUCUCUUCUCCAUUUUGGCUGGGUUUCCCCUUCCCCUAUGACAAAUCUCCUGCUCCUACCCAGUGAAGGAACCAGAGCCAGAACUCAACCUUCUCAUCUCUUAGACCAGCAACAAAUUCCAGUUAGCCCCACCCCUUUUGUAAUUAUCAGGUUUCUAACUCAUGUGAAGGACAAAUGAAAGGUGCUCCUAUUCUACAACCACUGAUUUUCAGUUCUCAAAUUUAAGAGCUCAAAUGACUGUCCUGCUCUUGAAAAUAAUAACAAAGAACCUAGAAAAUGAAUGUGUUACUAUGGCUUUUCUUUGGGGUCAAAAAGAGGAUAGGGCUGUGGUGUUUAAAGGCAGCUGCUAAGUAGAUGCAGAAAUGACUAUUGACCAUAUUCAUGCUUUUCGGCUCAGACCUCUCUCAGUUGUCCUAAUUCUAGGUAAUGUUCCUGGUUUCCUUUUUUCCCCAUAUUCUCUGGGGAAUCUCUCUCCUAGCUGACAUUUGCUGGCUAUAUUUCGAGGAAUGGCCCUUCUGAGCCCAAUGAAAAGGAGAGUAAAUCUGUUGGGAGGGUCAGUAUUUCCUUCAGAUUUUCCUCCUGCACCUCUCCACAGACCUAAAAUACGGCCAUCCUUCCCUGGCCUAUUUUUGAGCCAACCCAAAAGGUAAAACAUAAGUGGUGAACCCAAAGAAAGUCAACCUGUUCCUUUCUCCUCUCUUUUUGGAGGUGGAGGGGAAACUUAGGGCCACAUCUGGAAAGCGCAGAUAACCCUUCCAAUGCAUGGGCCACCAUGGUGCCUUCCAUUGUGUGCCCUAUUUCAGUGGCAUGAAAAAUGGGCACAGCUGGCUACUGGCCUCUCCAGGCUGGCUCCUGACAAGAAUCUUUGGAUGUAUUUAUGGAUGUAUUUAUGCUAAUUCUGACAGCUAAUAAGAAAGCAAUGGAGGAGGAGAGGACAAGUACACUAACUCUUCUACUCAAUUACCUCACUAGGAAUUCUAGACAGGAGAUGCAGGAAAAAAUCAAAAGGGAAAUCCAGGACCCCUCUCUCCCUUGCAACUCCUCUUGGCUAUACAAAGGAGGACAAAAAAUGAACAGGCACCAUGUUGAGAGGGGGUUGCCAUUUUAGAAAUGCUGUUCUCAACAGCUGCUGCCAAGUCAGGACUUCUACCCUUCACUCAGAAAAAAAACUACAGGCCCUUUUUUUGGUCACAACAGCAUGUUAAAUCCAACCAGCUGUUUCUUUAGCUCAGGUAUAUAGAAGCGUGUGCUUUCAGGGCUGAAGGUCUUGGCUAUGAUGUACAUCAUGUCUGCACAGACAGUGCUUAAUGGUUUGUUACAUGUGCAUGGCCUUAGUGAAUCAGGAGGCUCUGGAGAGAUCUGCUGGAUGGAAGUGUAGCUCACAGGAUGGCCUCACACCACUGCCUCCUGAAGUGAUGCAUGUUUGGGCAACAAAACCAUUAUAACAUGCCUCUCUUUUUCAUCCUCUGUACAGAUUGCUGCAAGUUCUGUACUGAACUAAAGUCAUGUUCCUUAUUAACCUUGGCUGCUGACAGCUAGUGCUGCACUGUGAACAAUUCUGCAGCUCCUAGUAACCACUCCAACACCAAUCUGACUACUGUGGUUUGUCCAGGAAUGUUUAAUAAGAUUUCCAUCCCGAUCUCCAUGCCACUGCCCAGAAACCGUGUUAUGCAAUGUACUGUUUCACUCUAUUCCCCUGCAGUCGUGGUCAUUGCAGCCUAAACCGGCAGUGCAAGCUUCAUUUGUCUGAAAUUUCCAGGGUUUCUGCCAAUAGCCAGCAGCACAUUAUGUGCAGUGAAUUUUAAAGGUCCUUCUCCAGGGAAAAGUGAGAAGAGGCUUUCCCAGAGCUUUUGUCUAGGCCAGGGAAACUGCAGUCAGAAACACCUAGUUCCUGUUGUUGUGACAAAAGCCAGCCAGCCAGCCGUCACCCUUGUGCUUCUGCUCUGCACCUGAGCCCCAGAUAAAGCAUCAUGCACACAUCUAGGAGAGAACUAGGGCUCCAGAGGCACAUUUCACACAGAAAACCCUCUUGCAGUAUUUCACAAAGGAAAAAAUACUUAACUGGCUGUAUGGCAACCUGGAGAAGAAAACUGCAUUCAGCCUCCUUGGGGACAUGGAUAUGUGCUUUAAGUAUUGGCAACAACACUUGAGGAGAGCUGUAAACAUCAUAAAAAACCCCGUAUGUUUGUUUACCUACUUUUAUGUUUGUCUGUCUGUUUAUGACAGUAGGGGUCACAUCAAGGAGUUAUCAAACCUCUGCUGUAAAUCAAAACCAGAAUCUAUUCCAAUCUUCAGAAGUAUUUCUCCCCACCCCUCUGUGUUCAAGGUGAUCAACCAAACAACAAUGACAAGAACAAAGAGACACUGUGGAAAUAAAUUAUAUAUUGAUGAUAGUUUUACCUCUGUAAUUUAACAGCAUUUGAGAUUAUUAAACAUGAAGACAUUUUAAAAUCCUAA